AUGUCCGGAAACAGAGUGUCAGAUUUCAGCAUCGAGCGCAUCCUCUCUCCUGAGCUGGGACUCAAGCCGACAAUGAGAGACUUUUCCCCGGAUCCAUUCCUCCAGGGGAUGACCGGGCAGGAAUCCUCUGGGAAUAUCAGAUCACCACCGGUAUCGAUCCCGGUCCAAUACCCGGCUCCAGGCUGCAUUCAGUACCGAGGAGUCCACUUUGGAGACGCGUUUUACCCGCAUGGAGCCGCGUAUCAUCCCGCAGAUUUCAGCAGCUUUUAUCCAAACUCCACGGUUCAUUUUCACUUCAGCAGCCAGGACCCCGCAGCAUAUGCUCAGCAGUUCCUACCAGGCUACCACGGAUACCAUGGUUACCAUCAGAAUGGGGUGUCCGCGCUGUCUCAGUCGCGUCAGAACCGGAUGAGGACGGUGUUCACCAACAGUCAGACCAAAAGGCUCGAGGCGCUGCACGAGCACACCGACUAUCCGGCGGUGGACGCGCGAGCUGAGGUCGCGAGGAUGACCGGGCUGAGCGAGGAGACUGUCAGGGUGUGGUUUAAGAACCGCAGAGCUCGAAGGAGGAGACGGCAGCGCAGCGGGUCAAAGGUCGAAUCCCCGUCUCUAGGGAAGGAGAACACGUUCUUCAACUCCUUCCUCUGAACCCUGUACACCUUGUGACUUCCCGAUUUGCAUGUCUGCCCGAUUUUCACUGUGCAAGCGCGAGUUGUUCCUCCAUAUUGGACCGCUACGUACAGCAACCCAAGUCGGACAUUUGAC